UGCUUUCAAACAUCUGCAGCUAAACUUCCUGGUUAUUCUAAUGGAGUAGUUCAUAAUUCAUAAACAUUCAACGAACAAUUUAAUCAUUCAAAACUACUCUCAUUUUCACCAACAGACACAGAGAGAUAGAGAGGGGGGGAGAACUGAAAGCAUGUUCUCUCUUUGGUACUCUCUUCUGCUUCUUCUUUUGGCUUACUACACUGGAUCUAAUCUGUCGAAUUCAUCCGCAGAACUAUUAGUUUCCUACAGAUCGAGAUCUUUCCAGGACAAGAAUAUAUUCAUUUUAGCUGGACAGAGUAACAUGGCAGGUCGAGGAGGUGUUGUUAAUGAUGUUUGGGAUGGAAUAAUUCCAUCUGAAUGUAAACCAAACCCGUCGAUUAUCAGAUUCAAUUCACAUCAUAGAUGGGUUGAAGCACAAGAACCAUUGCACAUAGAUAUCGAUUUCAAUAAGACUUGUGGUGUUGGUCCUGGUAUGGUAUUUGCAAAUACACUUCUACAGAUGAUGGAUUCCAGAACAACUAUUGGUUUGGUUCCCUGUGCUAUUGGUGGAACACGGAUUAGCGAAUGGGAUCGUGGAACUCGACUCUAUAAUAUGUUGAUAACACGAUCUCUAUUAUCGCUGAUGGAAGGUGGAAGGAUAUUGGGUGUUCUUUGGUACCAAGGGGAGAGCGAUACAGUUAGUCCAACAGAUGCUGAAUCUUAUGGAGAUAACUUGAAGAAAUUUAUAUCGGAUUUUCGCGCAGAUCUUCAUCUUCCCUUGCUCCCUUUCAUUCAGGUUGCUUUGGCAUCAACAGAAGGGCCGUAUAAAGGAAUUGUAAGGAAAGCUCAGCUCGAGAUGGAUUUACCGAAUGUCUGGACGGUUGAUGCGGAUGGACUCCCUUUGGGACCAGACGGUAUACACCUCUCAACUAGAGCUCAAGUCCGUCUUGGACGGAUGUUCGCGGAGGGGUAUUUCACGAGGAAUGCUCAUCGAAAGCCUCGCAUUUUCGCGUUAUUAAAACAAUUUUGUGGAGACAAAAAAUAAAUUACGCAGACAGACAGUCAAACUAUUUUGGUAGGAAUAUGGAAUAAAUUAUUUGAAACUA